UUCAUCGCCAGCGGAAUGUCUAUUACUUUUUGGUUUUACUUGUACGCGUGUUUCAUUUCGGUUUUGGCUCUACCGGAUCACAAUUGCCAUUCAUAUUUUAGAUAUGACACCAUGAACAUGGGAAAUACGUAUAUUGGCGUUUUUACGGCCCACAAAAGUCAACUUACUUCGUUCUACUGGGAGGCUGCGUUCUCCGCUCGCGGAAGUAUCGAUCAAGUCGACUAUCUUAAUCCGUAUCCGGACAAUCAAGAGUGCUUUAAAAAUAUCAAAAGGGGAAAUCGCGGACAAAUGUUCGUGAUCUUCCAAAACAUUACCAGCGAGCUGCCCAAGCUGAUCAGUUUUAAGCUUAAUGGAGAGACACUGUGCACCAACAAAAAAUACCCCCCACUCUCUAUCACAACUCGAGUAGCUCGGAGAAUGACCGUCGAUGAAAUACCCAUUGCAUUCACAUUUAGAAAAAUGAAUUGAAUGGAACAGAGCGUUUUUCACAGUGUUCGUAGUGCCAUAUAACUCCUGUUCAAUUCAAUUAGUAUUACUAAUACUGCUUUUACAUCUAUUAUCCACUACUAUUAAAUAAAAGUGGAUUAUUCAAGUGUUGUUAUGGCAGCUUAAAAAAAGCCAUAAUGGCUUUUGGCGUCUCUACACACUCAGAGAUUUAUUCCCAUAUACAAAAUCUUAGCAAAGGUCGCGAUUGUUGAAAAUUGCGUGACAUUAAGUUCCUUAUCUCCCACAAACCGAAGUGAUAUAUGGAUUAAUAAGAACCUCUUUGAAAUACAUAUUUGAAUUGAAAAUGGCGACUGUUUAGCUGAGCGGUUAUCGUUGUCAACAAUUGAAAUUACUUAACAACAAUUACUAAAGAACCUAAAGUUCCAUAAAAACGUUUUCAAACUUCCGCAGGCAAACCAGUCUGCAGUGACAAGUUUAUAUAUUCAAAUUUUUCAAAUUGAGUGACGCCUCAAGCAAGUUGAUUGCAUCAACGCACCUCCCCUAUUUGCAUUUCCUGGCCAACUUUUUCUAACAUAACCGCAGAUGCUGAAGGUCCUUCGAGGUCCUGCCACUACUUUUGCUCCCUUGCCAGCGCCAGCAUCUGUUUUAUCAAAUUCGAAAUGCAAUUUCUGUGUCGCGGAAGUUCGGCGUGUAAUGAAAACUUGAGCAUUUAGUAAUGAUGUUGUACCCCCAAGAGCUUUGUGCAAACGGAUGUCACCUUGGGCCACAAUAUCGAAUUUGCAGCCAACUGAUCGAAACUGAUGGAAAUAAGUGAUUUUCCGCCUAAUGGACGCCAGUCGACUUGAAUUAACGCAAAUUUGUCUGCCGCGCGGCAUAAAUCAUUCAUGGGCCGAAAAAUAUGCAAAAUGUGCGAGAUGUCGAACUUUUGUAAUUUAAUUAUGCGACGUCGUCGCACUGCAGCAGUUCGCACAUUUUUAUUGAAGCAUGUAUUAUUUUUUGUUUUUUUGGCUUCAAUUUGCUGGCCAAAUGCAAUAAAAAUGCAAUUAAAUUAGCCGCAAGGCAGCGGGGCAUAAAAAAAAAAUUAAAAAGAGAAACAUCAACAAGCGCAAAUUGAAUAAAGGCAAACGUGAAAAGCAGCCGCCUGUCUGGAAAAUCCGUCGGAAAAGCAAAGUCAGCAAUAAUUGAAAAUUAAAUUUUAAGGGCGCAGGGGCGAGGGGCUGCGCGAGGAGCACCAGCAAUUUAUGCAAAUGGAAAACCCGAAAAAGGUUUGGCGAAUCAAUCAGAGCGCAUCCCGUGACACCCAGCGAAGUGUGUUAAUUGCUUUCGAUAACCCGUCUCAAUGCCAUACGUAAUCAUAUCUGGCGGACAAUUGAUGAAUUCCUGACGGAAACUUGCCACCCCCUCCGAAACUGUUUGCCCCAUCCGAAAUGCAAAUGGCUUCAAGUUCGGGAUACGAAAACUUUCGUGGCAAAUAAACAAAAGUUGCCUCUCUCGCCUGCUCCAGCUAGACCGAAAACUUUUGGCCAGCUCCUCGACUUUAGUUCCCUUUUUAGGUUUGGCAGCUCGGGCAUAAAAUUGAAAUGCAAAUUUAAGCAGAGGUAACCAUGGCCGUAAAACUAACGACGACAGAUGGCCACUCACAUCACAUGCGAACACUUCAAGGCAACCUCAACAGUUUCGGUUGAUAAUUUGAUGGAAAAACUAUUUGAAUAACCGCAGGCAGGGCAUUCCUGCCCACAAUCCCCCAAUGCCCCCACAAUCGCCUUUCCUCUGCGAUUUGCAUGGUGGCCACAUGGCAUUGCAGCCGCAAAGUGAAAAAGCCACAGACAUCAAAGGGAUUUCGCGGUUUCGAUUCACUCACUGCCAUC